AUGGAUUAUCGACAGCUUGCUGAUAAGCAAAACCUUCGCUUUGAUUGCAUCGAAUUUGCACAGUGGUUAGACAGCAACGAUCCUUUAGGCUGGUUGAGGGAGGAGUUUGAUCAUCCGACAUUUGAAUGCUUGGAAAAGAUGACAACUAUCAGUAUUACACCGAAGGAGAAACGCUCAGGGAAUACAGUAACCUAUCUGUGUGGGAAUUCACUUGGACUUCCACCGAAGAAGCUUGCAAGCGUGCUACAAGACACAAUUCAGAACUGGAGUGGGCUUGGAGUGCAUGCAUACAUGAACGGACCCUUACCAGCAUCACUAUGCGAUAUUACAUUGACUGAAGAUAUUGCCAAGUAUAUCGUCGGAGCUGAAACUGAUGAGGUUGCUGUCACAGCUAAUUUGAGUGUGAACAUGCAUAUACUACUAGCUACCUUUUAUCGACCUGAGGGUACAAAAUCCUGCAUAUUGAUAGAAAAAGGGGCAUUUCCAUCAGACUACUAUGUGAUUGAAUCACAAAUCGCUUGGCAUGGGUUAGAUCCCAAGGAUAAUAUCAUUAUGCUGGAGCCUCGUCCUGGAGAGUGGUGCCUUCGCACGGAAGAUAUUGUUCAAACGAUCAAGGAUAAUUCACAUCGAAUUGCUCUCAUAUGGUUGCCCGGAGUACAGUUUAUCACUGGACAAUCCUUUGACAUGGAACGCAUAACUGAAGCUGGUCAUAAAUUCGCUCAGUGCUGUGUUGGCUGGGACUUGGCUCAUUCUGUGGGGAAUGUCGUUCUUGAACUUCACAAAUGGAAUGUGGAUGUUGCCGUAUGGUGCUCUUACAAGUAUCUGAAUGGUAGUCCAGGAGCUCUUGGAGGUCUGUUUGUGCACAGAAGACACCAUCAUCAGCCGGGGAUAAAUGGAUCGAGAAUCUCUAGACCUGGAAUCAUUCCUACAGGCCCACAACUUACUGGAUGGUGGAGCCAUCGCAUUGAAACUCGAUUUCAGAUGACAGGAAACAUGGAGCUAGCAACGGGAGCACAAGCUUAUCGCAUAUCGAAUCCUCCACUGUUACUUGCCGCUGCGCUUAAAACAAGCGUAGAUCUAUUCAAACAAUGUGGAGGUGUCAGUGAGUUGAGGAAAAAAUCAGUUCUCCUCACGGGUUAUUUGGAAUACCUUAUCGAACACGGACAGUUUUCCCUCCCAAACAAUCUGUUUGAAAUUGUAACCCCAAAAGAGAAAGAAGCGCGCGGUGCCCAAUUAACUUUGUUUGUGCAGAAAAAUCUCCAGCAGCUGUACGAAGGACUGGCAAGUGAAGGGAUCAUCGUCGAUACUCGACCUCCUAAUUGCAUUCGUAUUGCUCCCGUACCUCUUUACAAUCGUUUUAUUGACGUAUUCAACUUUGUCAGACUACUUCACUGUUUGGUUUCCAAGCUACCGAUGAGUGAUUAA